AAAAUAAUCAAAAAUGGGUUGCACUAGUGGAAAAAUAAAUGAGCCUUUAAGUUUAAGACUUCGAGAGAAAGCAAGUGAAAUAUUUAAGAAAUUAGACAUAAAAGGGAAUGGAACAAUAGAUAAGGAAGGAACUGAACAAUUUUGGUAAGAAUUUAAAUAAGAAAUAUAAGGAAGUCAAACUUUGCGAAAUUAAACAGUGAAGCUUUAUUUGAAGCAGUAGAUUUUGAUAAGAGCGGUGAUAUAACAGAGGAAGAGUGGAUGGCAUUUUGGGAAAUAGUAAAAGAGAAUGGAUACUCAGAAGAAGAAAUAAAUAUAGAAGUAUGUAUUAAUUAUGAUAAAAAAAGUUAGAUGAGCUGAUGGAAGGAAAGGCUUGGGUAUAAUUCAAAAGAGUAGAUAGAUUUAUUAAGAUAGAUGAAAAGAGAAGAGGAUCUAGAGUUAAAUCAAUUGUGUAGGAAGAAAAGAAGAAACUUUCUAUCAUCUAACCAACACGAUUAUAAAAGAGUAAGACAAUGUAAAGUGAAGGGCAUGAUCUUUAGCAAGAAAACUAACAACAAUCUUGA